CGCAGUGCUCCUGCUGCUUCUGAUCCCGCCUCUCCCGUCAUGGCGCAGCGCCGCCUCACCGACUUCUUUGCGCGCCGCCGUCCCGGGGUCAGCACCACGCUGCCGCGCGCCAAGCCGGCGUGGCGCACCCCGAGCCCCGCCAAGUCCGCGGCUUGCGCCGCGGCUCCGGGUCCUGGCAGCAGCCGCAAGCGCGCCCGCCCGCCUGCCGAGCCCACGCGCGACGAGCGUGUGCCGCCCGCGCGCAAGAGGCUGAGGCUGCCGGCUGACGCGGUCUCUGGCCCCAGUUCCCCGCCUGCCCCUGUCUCGCCAGAGCACCCUUCUCCACAGAGCAAGGAGACAAAGAAGGCUGCUCGCUCAGCUGGUGGGCCACCCUGCCUGGCAGCCCAGGAGAACAAGGUCCCUUCAAAGGUCACCCUGUCUGAGCUCAAGUCGUGCCUGCAGCGGGCACAGGAGCUGGGGGCACGGGUCCAGGAGCUGAAAGCAAGUGCACAGAAGGAUGCUGGGGAACCCAGUGCUCCAGAGGAUGAGGGACGCCUGGAGGGGCCAUGUGGAGAGCAGAUGCCAGCCUACCAGCGCUUCCAUGCCCUGGCCCAGCCUGGGCCCCCGGGCCUUGUGCUGCCCUACAAGUACCAGGUGCUGGCCGAGAUGUUCCGCAGCAUGGACACCAUCGUGGGUAUGCUCUACAACCGCUCCGAGACCAUAACCUUCGCUAAAGUCAAGCAGGGCGUCCAGGACAUGAUGCGCAAACGCUUUGAGGAGCGCAAUGUGGGCCAGAUCAAAACUGUGUACCCCGGCUCUUACCACUUCCGCCAGGAGCGCUUCGUCCCCACUUUCAAGGAUGGCAUCAAAAGGUCCGAUUACCAGCUCACCAUUGAGCCGCUGCUGGACCAGCAGGCUGGCAGUGCGGCCCCCCAGCUCACGGCGUCGCGCCUGCUGCAGCGGCGCCAGGUCUUCAGCCAGAACCUGUUGGCCCGAGUCCGGGAGCAUCACAGGGCCUUCCUGGCCUCCCUGAACCCUCCGAUGGAAGUGCCAGAGGACCAGCUGACACGCUGGCACCCCCGCUUCAAUGUGGAUGGGGUGCCUGACAUUGAGCCGGCCGAGCUGCCCCAGCCACCCGCUGUGGAGAAGCUGACCACUGCCCAGGAAGUCCUGGCCCGUGCCCGUAGCCUGAUGUCACCCAGGAUGGAGAAGGCCCUGAGUGACCUGGCCCAGCGCACAGCCGAGCCUAGCAGCCCCAGGUCCCCCAGCCUGGCACAACCAGCCACUCCACCUGCUGCCCCACCUUCUGCCCUGAAGGGGGUGUCCCAGGCCCUGCUGGAGCGAAUCCGGGCCAAAGAGGCGCAGAAGCAGCUGGCACAGAUGACACGGCGCCCGGAGCAGGAGCAGCGGCUGCAGCGGCUCGAGCGGCUGCCCGAACUGGCUCGGGUGCUGCGCGGCGUGUUUGUGUCAGAGCGCAAGCCGGCGCUCACCAUGGAGGUGGCCUGUGCCAGGAUGGUGGGCAGCUACCGAGCAGCCAUGAGCCCCGGGGAGAUGGAGAAGCACCUGCAGCUCCUCUCUGAGCUGCUGCCUGACUGGCUCAGUCUCCACCGCAUCCGCACGGACACCUACGUCAAGCUGGACAAGGCCGCCGACCUGGCAGGUGUCAUGGAACAGCUGGCCCGCCUGGCCCGUGCAGAGGAGACCCUGUGAGCCCAGUGGACAUGUGCUGGGCGUCUUACUCCCUUUCAGAAAAUGAUGCACUUUGCUCUCCCUGUCCUGAGUCUCAUGAGGGCCAGGCUGGCCUGGGCUUGGGCUGCUGAGCUAGAGGGUCUCUGGUGGAGGCCCCCUGCUUUGUAUACAGGAUGCAGGGAAAGGGGGGGGUGGGGGAGGGUAGCGUGACGGCCAGAGUUACCCUCUCUGGGGCCCACAGGGGCUCCUGGAGGACCCAGUAUCACAUGUUCCCCACAAAGGCAGGCCGAUGGAGAAUCUGAGAUUGAGUCUCCCUGGAGGCUCCAGGAGGAGGAAGCCAUGCCCACCCACUCCCUGGAUCUUGUAUUUGGUCUCUAGACUGUCAGAUAAAGUUGUUGGAAGUCA